UCACGAUGGCCUAAUAGGAAAGUGAAGAAUAAGAGCAAGAACAGUGGCGAAAUGCGGAGCGACGAAGCCAGAGACCUUCUGGGCUUCCCUCCAAAUUCUUGCCCCACUCCUUCUCAGGUUAAAGCGGCUUUCAAGAAGAAGGUAUGGGAGUCGCACCCUGAUCUCUUCCCAAUUAAUGAAAAGAAAACGGCAGAAUCUAAGUUCAAGCUGAUUUCAGAAGCUUACAACCGUCUGCUGUCUGGUGCGAAAUGGGAAUAUUCAGAGUCAGGUUCAUAUGUUCGUGUUGUGAGAAGGGGAGUUCCAUCGACGAAUGGUGCAAAAGGAUAUCGCGCACUCGUGGGGAUACCUUUCCUAUUCAUCGUUCUGGGAACACUUGGACUCGGGGGAUUUAAUGCUUCCAGGGCAUACAAUAGGGAAAAGCGGAAUUAUCCAUCUCAUAAUCCCUUUCUUCCCUGAUUUGGGAACCGUAGCCGAAACUAAGUCGGAUAAAUUGUCUGGCAUCAUGGUCAUGAAGUGCGUGUUCAACAGAUAAGGCGCUAAUGCGAAGAAACAUAUGAUGUAUCCUGUACAUGUUUGUUAAUCCUGUAAAUGAAUACACAAUCAAGAUCAUCAAUCUCCAGAUUCACCCUCUUCCUUCUUUUUAUCAGUCGUAUACAAUUUGUCUGCAGUCAUUGGUCUUCCUCUCGUUUCUGCCCUUUUUUUGGGCCAUUGGUCAUCUUAGCUUGUUGAUUAAA